UGGGGGGGGCACACACCCUCACACUGACUGACACUGACUGACACUGAACACACACACACACACACACCCUUUUUUGAUAGCCGAAACGGUCUUGGUGCAUUUUUUUUUUUGUUGCCAGUAAUAAGCCUUUCCCUGCAAAGUGUGUUGGAAUUUGACCACACGCAUGUGAAAAUGUGUCAUGGAAUAAUAUCUCAGCUCGUUGCUAGCUCUGAAUAGUGGGGAUCACGCGAGAAUGAGGGAGACCAGACGAGUUCGGAUGCGUGUCUUACUGUAGCGGUCCUUAUUCGCUUCAACGCUAUGGCUGCUGGACGGACAGAUUGUAUCUAUAGCAAGGGACGGGGUCCGGGUUAUGUGAAACGCCGCAGAUAGAAUAAAGGCUGCAAAGACUGCGUGUUUAUUGCCUCGCCUCAGCCGCCGCAUUACAGACGAACUUCCAUUUGAGGAAGACGACAGACUAGCACAGGCUUAAUCACAGUGCGUGGGAUCCUGCGUUUCUGUCGCUGCAAAGAAGCUUACCAACAAUUUUGACAGGUGCAGGGCCCCUGAGAUGCGGCUGCGUAGGUGGGUGUGUGGGCCUCGGGUCCUGGGGAAGUGCGGGGGUGUGUUGGUGCUGACCGUGGCACUGUACUGCCUGCUCAAUGUGGAUCACAUCGAGGGCUGGUGGAUGAGCGGGGGAGUGUGGGGAGGAGCCCUGUCGGCCGAGGCUCGGACCCGGGCCCUGGCAUCGCUGCGGCAGGAGCAGGAGGCCCUGAGCGCCCAGCUGGAGGACUUCUACCUGCUGGCCAACGAGCGUUUCUGCACCCCAACUGCCCCCUUCCUGCUGAGCCUGGUCACCAGCGCUCCCCCCAACGACGCGGCACGCCACGCCAUCCGCCAAACCUGGGGCAGCGUGACCAACGUGGGGGGGCGCGCCGUGCGCACGCUGUUCCUCCUGGGGAACCCCGACUCCCCCGCCCAGCGCCAGGCACUCGCCAGCGAGGCUGAGCAGCACGGAGAUAUCGUCCAAGGAAACUUCAGAGACUCGUAUGCAAACCUGACUCUCAAGACCCUCUCUCUGCUGCGCUGGACUGCCAGGUACUGCCCCCGUGCCGCCUUCAUCACCAAGGUGGACGAUGACGUUCUGCUGAACUACAAGGUGCUCCUACCCUAUCUAGAGAGACUGGCCAUGGGGGAGGACGGGGAAGGACUGGGGAACCACAAGGAUAAGGGAGAAGGGGAGUGGGGGGAAACUGUGGCAGAUGGAAGCAGAGUUGGAGAGGAGAAAGGGGGGAAAUCAAAGGAGAAGGGAGAGGAGAGGGGGGAGUGGGAGGGGGAGUGGAGCAGGGGCUGGUCUGGGCAGUGGGCUGACUGGAGGGGGAGCUGGUUCUCUGGUCCGGACCUGUACCUGGGUCGGGUUCACAGGGGUGUGGUUCCGACCCGGGACCCUCAAAGCAAGUCCUUCGUGUCUUACCAGGUGUACCCCCAGGACCGCUUCCCCCAGUACUGCAGCGGCACGGCCUAUGUGUUGUCCAGCUCGGCGGCCCGCAAGCUGUACCUCGCCUCCUACCUGACGCCUCGCUGCCCCCUGGAAGACGUCUUCGUGGGGUUGAGUGCGCAGGGGGCCGGCCUGCGCCCCUCCCACUGCUCCCUGUUCUCGGGGGGGCCACACAUCCCCUUCCAGCGCUGCUGCUACAGCGCCCUGAUUUCAGCGCACCAUGUGACUGCGGCUCAGCAGCACCAGUACUGGGGGGAGCUGAGGGGUGGGCCGCACUGCUCCUGGAUCAUAGGCAGGGCAGCGUUCGGGGUCUGCAAGCUGCGUGCACUGCUGGGAACCAUGCUGCCCUGGCUGAGGGACACAAGCACAGGAUUACAAUGAGGGGGGCUGAUUACACUGUGACACACAGGAUUACAAUGAGGAGGGGCUGAUUACACUGAGACACACAGGAUUACAAUGAGGAGGGGCUGAUUACACUGAGACACACAAGAUUACAAUGACGGGAUUGAUUACGCUGAGAUACACAGGAUUACAAUGAAGGGAUUGAUUAUACUGUGACACACAGGAUUACAAUGAGGGGGGGCUGAUUACACUGAGACACACAGGAUUACAAUGAGGGGGGGCUGAUUACACUGAGACAGGAUUACAAUGACGGGAUUGAUUACACUGAGAUACACAGGAUUACAAUGAAGGGAUUGAUUAUACUGUGACACACAGGAUUACAAUGAGGGGGGGCUGAUUACACUGAGACACACAUGAUUACAAUGAGGGGGGGCUGAUUACACUGAGACACACAGGAUUACAAUGACAGGAUUGAUUACACUGAGAUACACAGGAUUCCAAUGAGGGUAGUGAUUACACUGAGAUACACAGGAUUACAAUGAGGGGGGGGCUGAUUACACUGCGACACGCAGAAUUACAAUGAGGGGACUGAUUACACUGCGACACACACAGUAGGCUUCAUGUUGUUUACAGUGAGUGCACAGGUAAUAAGUAAAUGUCAGUGUAUCGCAAAGCCUACAAUUCCAUUACGCCAUUGACAUACGACUUUUGAAAAUACUUUUUGCAGCUUAUGUGGAGUCACGAAGACGUUUUGUGACCUGUGUUUCCCUCUGACCCUUUUGAAAAUCAGGUUGUGUAUCUCCAAAUACAAUGUUAUAAUAUCAUAUUUAUUUAAGUUUUGUAUCCAUGCAAGUAAAAAGGAAAACAUGUAUUUAGUGGUAUAGCGUUAAUAAGAAAAGCAGACUCUUCACAUUCGCCUCCUUAAAGCUUGUCUGAGUCAUGCUGGACUCCCCGACGAGGAAGACGAUGAAGAUUUCUAAAAACACGCCCUUAUUCAGUUUAGGGUUAACUAUUUAAUUUCUGCAAUGAAGGCAUACAUAAAAUAACCAUUAUUUGCAUUAUGUGCACUAACAUUAAAAGUGAUUUUGUGUGAUUUUUGUUAAAGAAAAUAAUAUAAAACAAAAUACAUAAAGUUGUGUAUUACUCAUUAUUACCACAGCCUCGAUUCUUUUGUUAAAUUAGGUUAUAUCAUAAAUAAUGGCCUCUUUUUUUAAAAAAAACAAAAAAAACAAACUAUACACUAUUAAGAACUAGCCCAGUUCAAAACGCUGGAUCUCAUAAUCGUGAUUAUUUAUUAUCUGGAUAAAUGUAAUCCAGCAGUGACAUUUUCUGAAAAAACGGAUCAAAAUGAUCUCAGAUAAAAGUCAUCUCAAUCACAAAAUCUGCCAUUACAAAAUCUGGAUCAGCGUUAUCCAGUUUAAAUUUUGAAAAACCGGCUGCUGGAUGUUGAGAAACCAGAGUAAACCCUCAAGUUGCACAAGUAAUAUAAAAUAAAUGAAGAUAACAGACACUCAUCUGCACUGGUGUGGUAUUUAGUGUUCAUCGAGUUUGAAUGAGGAACAGGGAUUGAAACCUGUUUCCAGCAUACAGGCACACUUGGACCUCGUUCACACUUGUGAUUUCUCAUGUAAACACUCCAUUAAAAAAAAGUCUGCACAGAGAGAGAGAGAGAGAGAGACUUGGUUGAAUAUGCCAUU